UCACUUGACCAAUUCCGCGAGAAUCUAGUCCUAUUUACAGGGUACAUGCAUUCAGCAAACUCAAUUUAUGAGAGCGUCUUUGUCAUAUAUACCAGCUUAUCAUUGAAUGAUUGUCAUGCCACAAGUUUCUUAAAUAUGGUUUUCAGAAAGUCAAUGCAUGAACAAUCUUUGUGGAUCCAAUCAUCGGACGAGUGCGAUGAGGCAACUAAUCGGUCCGAACCUAGCUAUUGGAUCGAAUGGAUCGAGCUAGAGGUCGCCGGUCGGAUGGAAGCCGAGGCUAGAAGUAUGGAUCGGACCAAGCUAGACCGGGGGAAGGCUGAAUAG